CCAGCUGGUCAAAAAAUUAUUUCUGGCCAAGCGCGAUUUUCUUGCUCACACUUGCGCUGCUUGUUCUGUCGUGCCGCACAUUUAUUGCUACACAAAACCGACUACACAGUCCAGCAUCACGAGUCGCCUAGUGGCCUAUACUUUCACGGAGUCGCGGCAUACGUCGACGGGAAAUAAGUUCACAAAGAAGCGUGCGUCAAAAGAUAGGCUUAUCUGGCACCAUUUUACGCCACACGGUGCCAAAUUACACUGAUAUUUAUUACAGGAGGGGAGGAGCCGAGCAAGGAAUCCAUUCCUACUUCCGCGCCUCCUCUCGGACGCUAUCUCUAGUAUCCAAGUCGUGAAGCGGGGGUACAUGGGGCCCUGACUACAGCGGCACUACUGAUAGCCGGAGAAGCCACAAGUCGUGUCCGCUACUCGGCAAGUUUCUCACUGCGCGCACAAGAGUUUAGUGGUGUAAUAGGUGCUCACCGUGCAGCCUGGUGCAGCACCAUGCUCGCAAAAUUUUCACGCUCUGUGCAUCUGUGUUUUGUUCGAUCGCUUGACGGGUUUUGUAUCAACGCGCUGCGGCGAGCGUCUCAAGGAAAGUGUCUCGACAUCUCUGGCAUUUACCCGCCAAUUACGACUCCCUUCGAUGCCAGGUCGGGUCGCGUGUCAUACGAGAAGCUCGAGCAGAACUUGAAGCGCUGGUCUUCACUGCCGUUUCGCGGUCUUGUCGUGCACGGUUCCACUGGCGAGUGUGUACUCCUCACGGUCGACGAGCGACUCGAGAUCGUCCGCCGAGUGAAAUCUUCGCUGCCCGACGACAAGCUCCUCAUCGUGGGCGCGGGUCAGGAGUCUACGCAGGCCACAGUCGAAUUUGCGGCGCAUUCCGCGAAGGCUGGCGCGUCCGCCGUGCUUGUCGUUACGCCCUGUUUCUACAAAGGACGCAUGACAGCCGAGGCCCUCGAGAAGCACUUCGCCUGGGUGGCCGACGAGAGUCCGGUGCCCGUAAUUCUCUACAGUGUGCCCGGCAACACGGGCGUCGACCUGCCUGCCGACGUGGCGAUACGUUUGUCGGCUCACCCGAACGUGAUCGGCAUGAAAGACAGCGGAGGAGAGAUCGCCAAAAUCGGCUACAUAGUGCACAAAACGAGACAGUGCGGCUUUCAAGUGUUGGCCGGCUCCGCUGGCUUCCUGCUGCCGUCACUACAAGUCGGCGCUGUCGGCGGCGUGUGCGCUCUGGCCAACACACUCGGCGCCGAGGUCUGCCGCCUGCAGGAGUUGCACGAAAGGGGAGACGGGACGGAGGCGCGUAACUUGCAGCACCGACUGAUUGCGCCCAACACCGCCGUGACAAAGCGGUUCGGCAUUGCGGGAGUGAAGACGUCCAUGGAAUGGUUUGGGUUCUACGGAGGGCCGGUUAGGUCGCCCCUUUUACCGCUUACCGAGGGCGAACGGUCUGAAUUGAGGAAUAUAUUCAGGGAAGAAGGAUUUCUGAACCCGUAGACAGUGCGUGUUGCAGUGCGGAAUGCGCCGGCUCGUGUGAAAUGUCGCGAAGACUGCUAUUAUUGUUGCGUUGCACGCAUGAACAUGUAUUUGUCGAUUUGUAUUCUGCGCUUGAAAAGAAAUAUGUGAAAAUAUUUUGGAGAGAUAAAACGGAACCAGCCGCCUUAAUAAGGUAUGACUGCAUUUAAAGUAGUACAGAAGUUGAGGCUUUUCGUCCCAAUGUCACCAUCGAAAUGGUGCUGCCGCAUUCCGAAAAGUGGCUAUAUUUAAAGAAAGGCACAGGUACUGCGUAGGAGCUUGUAUCGUAAGGAUAGAGAAUAAUAUAGACAGGGAAAGGGGGAUUUGACUACCCUGCUGACACUGAUAGCAAUCAUAGAUGUAUUUCGCCUAUGACGAUCUUGAGCUGGCAGGCUGAAACGUAGUGAAAUUAAGGUAACAAAGUAAGGACAUAGUGUAGUUAAUCCUAAAACAGACAUAAAAUAUAGAGAUCUGGUGACGUCGUCGGCUUGUAUAAGUGUUCUAGAUAUGGUUACAAGACUAUGUCAAGUGUAAAGUCAGUACUAGGUUAGGUAUUCUUCUUCUUAUUAUUAUUAUUAUGUUAUAUGAAAUAUAUGUAAAUAAGACUAUU